UAAAAGUAUAAAGUAUUGCAGUUUAUUUUGUUUUACUUUUGCUAAAUAAGCAUAUACUUAAAGUAAAUAGAUAUAUUACUGAAUCUAAGGCAACCGAAAAUAUUGUAUUUUUCUAAGUUAAUAAAGCUUCAAUUUUAGAUUAGAUUCAUGUUGUAAAGUAGUAUUUGAAAAAUGACUACCGCAGCCAGACCAACGUUUGAUCCAGCGCGAGGUGGACAAGGACGAGGAGAAAAGGAUCUAAGCGCUAUAUCUCGUCAAUACUCUAGUCGAGAUCUUCCAGGGCAUACUAAACUAAAAUACAGGGAACAAGGUCAAGGGACUACUGAAGAGCUACGCACAAGAGAUUUCCGUAAAGAAUUAGAUGAAAGAGAAAAGGAAAGUAAAGGUCCUGCAGCAAGAAGGCAAAAUGAGCCACCUGCAAAGAGAUUGAAAAUAGAUCAAGUGCCUGCUGCUAGUUUAGAUGCUGAUGACCCAUUAGAAGGAGAUUCUACAGAUUCUGAUGACUCAGAUGAUGACACAGCAGCAUUGUUGGCAGAAUUAAAUAAAAUUAAAAAAGAGAGAGCAAUUGAACAGGCAAAGAAGGAUGCUGAGAAGAAGCAAGAGGAAGAAAGAAUUCGUAUGGAAAACAUAUUGUCAGGCAAUCCAUUACUUAAUUACUCAGCAGCAGGACAAAAAAAUGAUUUAAAGGUUAAAAGAAGAUGGGAUGAUGAUGUGGUCUUCAAAAAUUGUGCCCGUUCAGAGCCGGAAAAGAAACUAAACACAUUUAUAAAUGAUUCUUUGAGGUCCGAGUUCCAUAAAAAAUUCAUGGAGAAGUAUGUGAAAUAGAAAAUUUCAAACAUGCUUUUUUGUCACCUACAACAUAAGAUUCAAGUUAUUUUGUAUUAUAUUUUCCUUUCUAAGUGAGAUGCAAGUGUAACAUUUGAUGAGAGACAUUAAAUUCAUAA